UUUUAUAUAGGGGCAGUUUGUUGACUCUCGGUUCCCGAGUGCAGUCAGUCGUUAGUACAAACCUGAGCUGCGGACCGUGCAGGCUCAUGCAGACAUGGCCGGUCGUUUGUUGCUCAUUCUCUUUGGCACCAGUUCGAUCCUAAUUUUUGUGAGAGCAGCAAUCCUAGAUUUUGAUCUCUUGCUUGACCACCCUGAAGAUAGUAGUUUAGAUUAUGCGUUAGUAAGCGCAGACAAUCGAAGCAGAGACGGGAAAAGGACGCCCUACGGUGGACACGGAAGCUAUGGUAGCUACGGAGGAGGGUAUCAAAGGUAUCGGCCGUACUAUCCGCGUCCGCACUACACGACAGAGUCGCCGACGCCGCCACCACCACCCUUGGAGUGCGGCACUGGACCCUUUGACGGAGGUGCACCACUCACCUGCAUGCUCAGGACGGAGUGUAUUGCUCAGGGUGGCAGACUCGGCGAGCCGUGCGGAAAAGGUUUCAGCCGAGGAUUUUGCUGCCAAUACCCGAACGUCAUUCCCUGCGGACAGACAACCUCUUUGGUCCACUCCAUCAUACGCAACCCUGACUACCCUGACUCGACUUCUAACCCCAUCGUUUGUGUCGUUGGGAUAGUCCCCAGACCGGAGGCAUGUGGCAUUAGGAUCGAGUUUAUGGAUGCAAAAAUGGGGCCGACAAGAGAUGGCUAUUGCUACCAAGACAUGCUGACGGUCGCGGGUGGCGGAUCAGUCGAGUCCAACGGUUUCAAUACUCAAAUCUGCGGUUUGGCCAAGGGAUACGCAACUAUGAUUCCGGUGAACCAAACGAGUGACAUGGUCCAGAUCGUCAUUUUCGGCCAGAGCAGGGAUAUUAUGUGGAACAUAAACGUCACUCAAGUGCACUGCGGAUCACUUUAUCUUCCAUUCAACGAUCUGUGCGGCGUGCGAAAUAGUCCCGUCGCCCACAACGCAAGGAGUUUGAAAACUUUCCCGAGCACACCGCGAAAUAUGUCUGCUAAGGUGAUCACAGAAAAGGCCGAGCCUACUCCGGUAGUGGUGGAAAAGGUCAAACCAGCACCUAAGUUGGCGGCCAAGGGCGUCGAGGAUAGGUGGAGCAAUACCACCAUCGCCGAAGCCAAAAUCCUCGGGGGAGCAGCGGUCGGUGGCAUCCAAUAUCCGUGGAUGGCGGCAAUUUUCUAUGACGGAAGCCACAUUUGCAGCGGGACUAUAAUUGCCAGGCAGUGGGUGAUGACGGCGGCCCACUGCGUCACCUUUUACGCUGCGGACAACCUUUUCCCGGUCAAACGGAUCCGCGUUUGGUUGGGUGCCUACGACCUCACCCUGACGCCGCGUCAAGAAAUCAGGAGAGUUAUCAGGAGAGUGGACCGCGCGUACAUCCAUAACGAGUUCGAGGGCAACAAUUACGACGUGGCCAUCCUAAAGCUCAACGAGACCCUGAUUUACAACGCGGCGAUUAGGCCAGUCUGUUUCCCUGAAGACAUAGAUCAAACUUACGCUACUUGGACUGGCAUCAUCGCCGGCUGGGGCACGAAUGGCGGCGCCGCCAAGAGCAACGUCCUAUUGGCGGGCAACGUGCCCAUCUGGCGAAACACGGCUUGCGUGACCGCAUGGAGUGCUCAGAGUGUGGAAAUAAAGGACAGUAUGAUCUGCGCGGGCGACGGCUCGGUGGCCCAGUGCACGGGUGACAGUGGCGGGCCCUUGAUUGCGGCCGAUGAGGAUGGUUUGUACUCAUUCCUCGGCAUCUCAUCCUUUUCGGCGCCGCCCGCCUGCGGAAACCCUGACUUCCCCGACGUUUACAUGCGCACCAGCAGCUUCCUCAGCUGGAUCGCCCUCGUGCUGGCCCUGCCUGCGCCCCCCGACGAGUUCGAAAGCCCCUACGGACCCUACGAUCCCUGAGUUUUCUUUCGAAAUUGGGGAAAUUGGAAUCUUUUAGAAUUCAUUCGUAUUUAUUGAAUAAAAAUGUUUCACAACUCCACGUUUCAAAAUCAAA